AUAUCUAUGGUUACAUCAAGCAUACAAGCCUUGGGAUGAUCCAGUGAGAAGAGGAAAUAGGCCCGCCAUUUUCCUGCGAGCCUCCAGUCCUUUUAAAAGCCAGCGAGGGGAGGCGAGGAGAAGAGGAGCCAGUCAGAGAGAGGAAAAGGGGGAAGUUAUAAAGAGAGAGGGAGAGAAAGAGAGAGGGAGAGAGAGGGUACAUGAGCAGGGGGUUGUGGAGAGGACGGGUUUUUUGUAAUAGAAGAGGAAACCUUUGGUAUGUAGCUAAGUUCCUAUCUCUUGCUCAUUUGACUUGUGAAGAACAUACAGAACGAGCUACCAUUUAAAGCGGUUCAAGCUGUAAGCAGCUACCAGAACGCUUUAGCUAGUUAGCUAGCUACAAUUUUUUCCUCAGCCGUCAUUCUUUUCUACUUUCCUCUGCUCGUUUUUUAUUAGUGAGGUGGAGGAAGAGGGAACACAUCCAGGGACGAGAGCAUCACCGGUGGAUAAAAUUAGUCGUUUUGGGUGCUUUUUUUGUAUACAACUGCUAAAAUGUCUGGCCAAAGCAUAACGGACAGGAUAACCGCAGCGCAGCACAGUGUCACCGGCUCAGCAGUGUCCAAAACGGUGUGCAAAGCGACCACACAUGAAGUCAUGGGGCCCAAAAAGAAACACUUGGACUAUCUGAUUCAGUGCACGAAUGAGAUGAAUGUGAACAUCCCUCAACUGGCGGACACGCUGUUCGAACGCACCACCAACACCAGCUGGGUGGUCGUGUUCAAAUCCCUCAUCACCACACACCACCUCAUGGUCUAUGGCAACGAGAGAUUUAUUCAGUACCUGGCUUCCAGGAAUACAUUAUUCAACCUCAGUAAUUUUUUGGACAAAAGUGGCUUACAGGGCUAUGACAUGUCCACUUUCAUCCGACGGUAUAGCCGUUAUCUUAAUGAAAAGGCUGUGUCCUACAGACAGGUUGCUUUUGACUUCACUAAAGUGAAGAGGGGGGCAGAUGGUGUUAUGAGAACCAUGAAUACAGAGAAGCUGCUGAAGACCCUCCCCAUCGUCCAGAAUCAGAUGGACUCACUUCUUGACUUCAAUGUAAAUGCAAACGAACUCACAAAUGGAGUCAUUAAUGCCGCCUUCAUGCUCUUGUUUAAAGACGCCAUCCGGCUAUUUGCUGCAUACAACGAAGGGAUCAUCAACUUGCUCGAGAAGUACUUUGAUAUGAAGAAAGCCCAGUGUAAAGAAGGACUUGACAUCUACAAGAAAUUCCUCACCCGUAUGACGAGAAUCUCAGAGUUCCUCAAAGUUGCUGAGCAAGUGGGCAUUGAUCGAGGCGAUAUACCAGACUUGUCUCAGGCCCCUAGUAGUCUCCUGGAUGCACUGGAGCAGCACUUGGCAUCACUAGAGGGAAAAAAGGUGAAGGACUCUACAGCAGCCAGCAGGGCCAGCACACUGUCCAACGCCGUGUCCUCUCUGGCAAACACGGGCAUAUCUUUCACCAAAGUGGAUGAGAGGGAAAAACAGGCAGCCCUAGAGGAGGAACAAGCUCGUUUAAGAACACUUAAGGAGCAGCGCCUGAAAGAACUCUCCAAAAAGCCUUCCACAUCCUCAACCACAGCUGCCUCUCCAGUAUCCACAGCAUCUGGCAGCAUCAGCACCGCUCCAGCAAUCGACCUGUUCUCCACACCCAGCUCCACCAACGGUGCUGCAAAGGUGCCAAAUGAUCUGCUGGAUCUCCAGCCAGCAUUCCAGCCAUCUCUAGCUCUCCCCACUGCUCUGCCUGUAGCUAACACAUGGGGAGAUCCUUUCACUUCUUCAGAGAGUGUCGAUGACUCCAUUCCAAACUUAAAUCCUUUCCUUUCCAAACCUGUCGAUGCUGUUCCUCCACCUCCUCUGUCUUCAGAUGCUGUUAGUUUUCCUUCUAGGACUCCCAGUCAUGAAAUGUUUAGUGAUCAUUACAAUCCCUUUCUUGAUUCAAGCUCUUCUGUUGCCUGCACUCUUGAGCCCUGUACGCGGAUAGAGGGCUUUCUCUCAGACUCGUUCUGUUCUCCAGCCCCCUACUCUAACACCCCACUGUUCCACUCCGAGCCUUCCGCUGUAGCUGGACUAUUUGGAGGGUUUACAGCAUCUCCCAUCCCUCAGCCAGCAAGCUCCUCUGGCCUUAACGUUGACUUUGACUCUGUGUUUGGCAAUAAAUCCACUGCUAACAGCACAGACGCUGCUGGUAAGAUCUGGGCCUUGGCUUUGCAUGGCAUGCAUGACUUUGAUGAUGUUUUAGGUGGUAUCCUGAAACCCACAGUAGCUUCUCCGAGCCAGAGCAUGCCACCCAGUGCCCAACAGCCUGGUAAACUGGUGUCUGAUGACCUGGACUCCUCUCUGGCCAACCUUGUAGGCAAUCUGGGUAUUGGAAAUGGCACAACAAAAAAUGACAUCCACUGGAGUCAGCCUGGUGAGAAGAAGCUAACUGGUGGAACCAACUGGCAACCAAAGACGGCUCCGACCACAACAUGGAACCCUGCCAGUAUGAAUGGCAUGCAUUUCCCACAAUACGCACCGUCCGUCAUGGCUUUCCCUGCCACGACACCCACAGGCAUGAUGGGAUAUGCAAUGCCAGCACAGAUGGUUCCCGUGACCAUGAUGACACAACCUACCAUGAUGUACACGCAGCCUGUGAUGAGGCCGGCUAACCCUUUCGGCCCAAUCUCAGGAGCACAGCCCUCGGCUGCCUCUAGUCCCUCCAGUCAGAGUCCUCUCAGACCUCCAGGACAGGACCCCUUUGCACAGCUUUCUCUCAAGGAAUUCCUUUAGGGACACUUUUAGAUGCAGUUCAUGUGAAGCCGCAGCGAGUGUUGGAUGCCUGAGGACGGAUCACGCAGUCCCCAAUCUCAAACCUUUAAUCUGUCCCCAGUUCACUGUUUGACUCUGCGCUAAGCGCGUGGCCCCAGUACUGGCCCGGACAGGAAGCAGGGUGGGUGGGUGGGUUUUGUGGUAAAGGGGUGGCGUAUGAUAAGAGACAUUAGGCAGUCUAGCAAGUCUUUUGUAAUUUGUCUAACAGUAACAGCUGCAGGUGUUUUUCCCCUGGACCAGACUGUUCCUGACUGACUAGCAUCUGUAAAGCCACACGGGUAAUUUCAAGGUAGGGAAGAGGGUGUAAAGAAAUAGUGGGAACAUUAAACAUUUCUAACUUGAAUAAGAGACCAGGGUGGGGCUGGCAUUAUUAUUAUUAUUAUUUUUUCUGAUCAGCCAUCAUGAUUUCCCUAAUUUAACCAUCAUCCUUUAGAAAUGGUGACUUCUGUUUCUAGUAUGAUUUUUUUUAUUCUUUUUUUUUUCCUCCAUGUUAUUACAUUUGCAGUAGACAUUCCUUGUGUAUUGUUUGUAUUUAUUUAUGAUCUACCCACUGAAGACAUGACAGAAAAAUGAUGACCUUAUCAAUCUCUUCCUUAAUGGGAAGUGUGUAGGAAUGAAUAUGCUUUCAUGUGUAUGAUUGAAGAAUUAGAUUUUGAAAGUGAGUGUGGUAAAGAAAUAUGGUAAAGAAAUGAGAAAAAAAAAAAUCAAACCACCUGUAAACUGAAUCACAGAGCACUAAGUAUUCUUUGAACCCCGUUCCUUCUCUAGUGCAAUUAUUUGAAGUACACAAACUCACCCCCUGCAUUUUGUAAGGGAAAUGGGAGGAGAAUACACAAUUUAUUAAUUCACAUGGUUAAUUCUGUGCCUAGGGUAUUUUUUUGUUGUUUUUUUUUUCUUCCAAGGGAACAUUUAUCAGACUGGUAUCACUACAUUUGUGAUUCUGCAGCAUUGCGUAGGGGAGGAGCUGUUUUGCUUUAUGCUUGGCAUGUCAUUAUUUUACAUUGGCAGUUACACAGCUGCCUUUCCAACUUGAAUGUGCAAAGUAGCCUUCAUGCUUGGGCCAUCUUUCUUCCACUGGCACUAGGGGCAGCCUUCACUGACGUAAGAGAACAGGGAAAUGGGUGUAUAUGUCACAGGUUGCCAUCAUCAGGGUGGGGUUGUUAGUGUCUUUGUAAAUUAACAGUAGGAGCAGUAGAACAUGGGAAAGAAAAGCGCUGUUGAUCGGUGCUUUGUGUAAAUAAACCCAAACCCUGUCCAAUAGGGGAGGGUGUGAAAGAUGGUCCCAAUAUGAAGUGAUUCUUUCCAUUGAUUUAGCAUACUUGCUGCAUUGUCCCUGCAGAUUCUAUUUUUGUUUAUAACUAUAUAAAAUGUAUGUGAGCAGAACUUGGUUGAUUUUCAAAUAAAAGAGCAGCUUCCACAAGA